AUGUUGAAAGAGGAAUUACAGGACUUGAAGAAACCCAGUCCUUCGCCAUCCCGUAUACCUCGAAAAACAUUUUUCACUGAAUUUAUUAUCAUUUUCGUUUUUUUGUCCACCUUAUGGAUCUCCAAUUAUAUCCCUCUCCCUAUCUAUCAUCAUGAAUACUCCGUAUGCUCAGAAUCAGGCAACAUCUAUACCGUCGAUGAAGUGACACCUCAAGUCGAAUGUAUUUCAAUCGUAGGAUCGCGCAUUUCCUACACCGGAAGCUCGAAGGAAUUACAGGGACGCCUGUAUCGAAGAACUCAGGCUGUGUCAUGGGUCUCGCACAAAAUCUCGUAUGUGAGUUCGGAUGCUAUCAUCGUGCCAGGCUUAGCUGAUGCUCACGCCCACAUUAUGAUCAAUGGCUUCAAGAUGCAAUUGGAAUUAGAUAGCUGUAAAUCCUUGGCAGAGGUUCUGGAACACAUCAAGGCUUAUAUAUACACCCAUCCUGACGUCUAUAACAACAAAUCACAAUGGAUUGAAGGAGGGGGCUGGGAUCAAACAAAAUGGCCGGAAACAGGAUUCCCUCGCGCAGCAGACUUUGAUACAGAUCCGCUGCUCAGAGGCAGACCUAUAGCACUACACCGAGUGGACGCACACGCAUCGUGGGUUUCCACUCGCGUUCUCGAAAUCAUGGGCGACCUCCCAACAAAGGUCAAAGGAGGAUCAAUCGUGCGUGAUCCAAGCGGUAAUCCCACAGGUAUAUUCCUCGAUAACGCCAUGUCAUUGAUCCCGGUCCCAGAAUGGACUGAUGAGCAGAUGACUACGUUUUUCGAUACAACCAUGAACCUCGCUCUAUCCCAUGGUCUCACCUCCAUUCAUGACGCAGGCUCCUCUCCAAAAAUAAUCCAAUUCAUGAAAAAACAGGCUGAAGCAGGUAACAUUCCUAUGCGGCUCUAUGUAAUGGGCCACGUAUCUUCCGACGAAUACUGGGGUUCCCAGAUUCCUCGAUUGAUUGAUUACGGAAAACACGGUCAUUUGACGAUUCGCAGCGUGAAGCUAGUCACCGAUGGCGCACUAGGGUCUUGGGGUGCUGCCCUCCUCGAACCGUACUCCGACAAACCAAAUACCUCAGGAAUCAUGCGAAGUACUCCCAAGACUCUAUUCAAUCUCGUGAAGCAAUUCUGGAAGGAUGGAUGGCAAGUCAAUAUCCAUUGCAUUGGGGAUCGUGCAAACCACGUCGUAUUAGACAUUUAUCAAGAACUCAUCGAAAUGGGCGACAACGAAACUACUACUAUGAUCACGAACACAACUAGUGAAAGCGAAUUAAUGAAAGCGAACAUCACGGAAUGGAGGCCACGGAUUGAACAUGCCCAAAUAAUGACGAUGAAAGAUCUUAGGCGGACGAGCGAACUUGGAAUUAUCGCCAGCGUCCAACCAACACAUGCGACCAGCGAUAUGUGGUAUGCAGAAACUAGGUUGGGUCCAAAUCGAAUCAAGGGCGCUUAUGCAUAUCGGACUUUGUUGAAUGGAUCGCCAAAACAUGUUAUCCCUUUAGGUUCCGACUUCCCUGUAGAAAGCGUCAAUCCGCUGCUGGGUUUCUAUGCUGCGGUUUCCCGACUUUCAGUCGACGGUACGUCCCCGCACGGGGAUGGAGGAUGGUAUGCUUCCGAGGCCCUCACUCGUGCCCAAGCUCUCAAAGGAAUGACACUUGACGCUGCUUACGCAUCAUUCACUGAACAUGAACUUGGGUCCUUAACCCCGGGAAAGAAAGCGGAUUUCGUGGUCCUCGAUAGGAACAUCAUGCAAGUGCCCUUCAAGGAUAUUUUAAAGACGAAGGUGGUGGCGACAGUGGUGGAUGGAAAGGUUGCUUAUGGAGCCUUGUGAGACUUGUUAAAUGCUUGUAGAUAAGAUAAAAUGAAAAAAGAUAUAUCGGGGUUGUUCUUUAAUGCCUCUACUAUGAUCUAUUUUGCAGAUAUACAUAAGCUGGACAGUGUUGAGCCAGUACCCAAUUACCUAUAAACCUUGUCCCCUUGUGGCGCUGGGUUCUCAUAUGUUCUCAUGUAUGAUGAUGUCCAUACCUCAUUUUCGCCAUUUUGGGGCCCAUCUGUGUCCAAAUUUGGAGCCGAUAUC